GAACGAUAAGUCUAUGCAUACAUCCUCGCCAUGGGAGCCAGUCGAAAGCUUCAGGGAGAAAUUGAUCGAGUGUUGAAGAGGGUUCAGGAGGGCGUUGAUUUAUUCGACAGCAUUUGGAAGAAGGUUUACGACACUGAUAAUGCCAACCAGAAGGAGAAGUUUGAGGCGGAUUUGAAGAAGGAGAUCAAGAAGCUGCAGAGGUACAGGGACCAGAUCAAGACAUGGCUUCAAUCCAGCGAGAUUAAGGAUAAGAAGGUUAGUGCUUCUUAUGAGCAGGCAUUAAUGGAUGCACGCAAGCUUAUUGAGCGGGAAAUGGAAAGAUUUAAAAUAUGUGAAAAGGAAACAAAGACUAAGGCCUUUUCGAAGGAAGGUUUGGGCCAACAGCCAAAGACGGAUCCGAAAGAAAAGGCUAAAUCGGAGACUAGGGAUUGGUUGAACAAUGUGGUUAGUGAACUUGAAAAUCAAAUUGAUAUCUUUGAAGCUGAAUUGGAGGGACUCACUGUUAAGAAGGGGAAAUCAAAGCCCCCGAGAAUGACACAUUUGGAGACAUCAAUUACUCGGCACAGGGCGCAUAUAAUGAAGUUAGAGUUGAUUUUAAGGUUACUGGAUAAUGAUGAACUGAGUCCAGAGCAAGUCAAUGAUAUCAAAGAUUUCCUUGAUGACUAUGUGGAACGCAAUCAGGAUGACUUUGGUGAGUUUAGUGAUGUUGACGAGCUUUAUAGCUCCCUACCUUUGGACAAGGUAGAGGCUCUUGAAGAUCUAGUCACCAUUGGCACCCCUGGUCUUGUCAAGGGUGUUAGUGCCAUAGUAAGCACCAAAAUUUCUAUUGCCACAACACCUUCUCAGGCAUCACUAAAAAUAACACCUCCUGCCCAACAAAGUGGUCCUUCCCAAGAGCAACCAGAUGGAUUAGGUUCCCCAGAGAGUACCUCUGAUGCAGUUGCAAGGACCCUACCCCCUAAAAGUGGUGCAGUUUCUGCUUCAGCUCCAGCAACAUAUGUUGGUGGCCGUGCAAGCACUGUCGCUUCAUCUCCUAUGAAUCUGCUAAGUGCUGUGAAAGAUGAGGGGGUUACAGUCUUCCCUGGACGAAAAGCAUCCCCAACACACGCAGAACCUGGAUUAAGGGGCAUUGAUAGAAACGACUUCUCUAGUCAACCUGCCGCCAGCAUUUCUCUUGGUUCUAUUAAUUCACUUUCAAACGAUGAAGCUCUAGGUGCUACGUCUUCAGUCUCUGAAGUGACAAAGAGAAAUUCUUUGGGAUUUGAUGAAAGACUUGGGACUACAAGCAAUGGACAGCCUCUCAUUUCCCCUCUGGCUAACAGAUCUAGCAUGUCACAAACUGUCAGGUCUAGUGAUGGAAUGGGCACUAAUGAUAGUGGUAAUGUUGUCGAGUCCAGUGUUUUGGCUGGUAGGGGGUUCUCUUCUUCAGUUCUACCUGGAAUGCAGUGGAGGUCUGGAGGUUCCUUUCAGAAUCAGAAUGAGGCGGGGCAGAUCCGCGGAAGAACUGAAAUUGCUCCUGACCAGAGGGAGAAAUAUUUACAACGGUUUCACCAAGGUCAGAGUUAUAUUCCUGGGAGCCAUAAACAGUUUUAUCCACAUCAUCAGAAUCCACUUUUGCAUCAGUUCAAUUCUCAAGGUUCCUCUGUGACUCCUCAACUUGGAUUGGGAGCUGGGGCCCAAGCUUCUUCUCCCCUUAAUGAUGCAUCUUCCUUUAAUAAUGAAUCUCCAUCUGCACUGGUGCAGCAACAAUCAGAUGGCUGCAGACAUUCAAAAGUUGAAGAGUUGCGACAACAGGUUCAGUGUGAAGAUGUUUUGGCAGCUUCUGCUCCUUCCUCAAGCCUUGUGAAGAAUCUCAUGAAUGAAGAUGAUUUCAAGGCUUAUGCAACAGAUAAUUCAGGUGGAGUGGGAAGCUCCGUUGCUGAGCAGCCCCAGCAGCUUCCAAAGGACAUUGUGGAUCUAUCUCCAGGCAAGCCGUUACAACCAAACCAGCCGUCGGGUGGGAGCAUUGGAGUUAUUGGUCGAAGAAGUGUAGCUGAUCUUGGUGCAAUUGGCGACAACUUGAUCAACCCACCCGCCAAUCCUGGAGUAGUGCAUGACCUGUCAUACAACUUACAAAUGCUUGAGUCAGCUUAUCGCACACUUCCUCACCCAAAAGAUUCUGAGCGUGCUAAGAGCUACACACCAGUAAGUAAACUAUGCACUCUACUUAAAGAGACCAAAGUGCAUUAUCUGCUACACAUCCUGUGGUGACCCCUUCAAGCUAUCCACAAGUACAGGCGCCGAUUGUUAGCAAUCCCUCAUUUUGGGAACGGCUUGGGGCUGAUAAUAUUUGCACUGAGACCUUAUUCUUUGCCUUUUACUACCAACAGAACACAUAUCAACAAUACCUGGCAGCAAAGGAGCUGAGAAAGCAAACUUGGAGAUACCACAGACUGUACAAUACAUGGUUUCGGCGGCUCGAGGAGCCAACGGAUGCUACAGAUGAUUAUGAAUCAGGGACAUACCUUUACUUUGAUAUCACUAAUGAAGAACAACAUGGCUGGUGCCAGAGGAUCAGGACUGACUUUACGUUCGAGUACAAAUAUCUUGAAGAUGACCUCCCAGCAUAGAAUCUCUCCUUACAGUUUAACACAUCGUUAGUCUACGGUUUGUAGUCUCACAUUUAUUUUCUUCACACCAUUGAAUUUGCCAAGUGAAAACCAUUCUUUUCAUGCAUGCUUCUGAGUUCUUAUAAUUUUUAUGAUCAUAUCCUUUGCUGAAGAAAUUCCUUUGCCAUAA